AUGGCCUCCAGAAGUCUGACAAUGGGGAUCAUCUUCUUGUCACAGACUCUACUUGGUAUCCUGGGGAAUUGUUCUCUUCUUUUCCAUUAUGUCUUCACUAAAUGCAGAUUGCGGUCCACACACUUGAUUCUCAAGCACCUGACUGUGGCCAAUUGCCUGGUCCUUCUCUCUAAAGGAAUCCCCCAGACCAUGGCAGCUUUUGGAUGGAAGGAUUUCCUCAAUGAUUUUGAAUGCAAGCUUGUGUUCUAUGUUCACAGAAUGAGCAGAGGGUUGUCCAUCAGCACCGCCUGCCUUUUGAGCAUCUUCCAGGUCAUCAUCAUCAGCUCUGGAAACUCCAGGUGGGCAGAGCUGAAGGUGAAAGGUCCCAAGUAUGUUGCCUUCUCCAUAUUUCUUUGCUGGAUUCUCCAUAUGCUGAUAAAUGUCAUUAUUCCUAUAUAUGUGACUAUCAAGGGGAGCAAUAAAACCAUCGCAAAGAUAAAAGAUUUGGUCAUCUGUUCUACUCAAGCCUAUCACAAAACCACAACUUCACUGUUUGCCGCAUUGAUAACCUUCCCUGAUGCUGUGUGUUUGGGGCUCAUGAUCUGUACCAGCGGCUCCAUAAUUUUCAUCCUGUACAGACACCAACAGCGGGUCCAACACAUUCAUAGUAAUCACAUCUCCCCAAGAUUCUCCCCUGAGAUCAGAGCCACCCAAACCAUCCUUGUCUUCCUAAGCACCUUUGUAUCUUUUUACAGCCUCUCCUCCAUCCUGCAGAUUUAUAUGGCCCUCUUUAGGAAUUCAAAUUGGUGGCUGGUGAACAUGUCUGCUCUGAGUGCUGCGUGUUUUCCAACAGUCAGCCCCUAUGUCCUCAUGAGCACGGAAUUCGGUGUCUCCAGGUUCUGCUUUGCCUCGAUACAAAAUACAAAACUUCCUCAUCUAACUAGAAAUAUGUAA